AUUUUUCUUAACGAAUUCUCGGACGCUGAUUAAAAAAAUGUAAAUUCUUAAAAUAAUAUAAAUUACUUUAGCAAACAAAAACAUAUAAAAGCAAAAAAUUCGAUUAUAUCACAUAAAUUUUGGUGUUAAAAUUAUAUUUUUCUGUUAAGUGAAAUCGAGAAUAAUACGAUAGUCUUCUUAUUAGAGUAUAAAAGAGCCACAUAAAAAUCUAACAAGAACUUGUGUAAAAGCAAGGAAUCAACGCGAAAUUAAUUUAUUAAAAUUCCAUCAAAAUGGGAUUUUUGCAACAAAUGCUAUUAAGCCGCUGCGCCCCACCGCUUAUGUUUAUAAUAAAACGGACAGUUAAAAAGCAGAACUCAAAUCCGACAAGAUUAGCAGAAGUAGGUCGUUUGGAAACUAUCAAAUUAGAUGGCAAAUAUGAAACUGGACAAUUAUUUCUGCAUCGUAUAUUCGGUUAUAGAGGCGUGGUAUUAUUUCCUUGGACAGCACGUGUUUACGAUCGCGACUUGCACAGUCAAACCAAACCAACGCCAUCAACUAAAGCAACGACUGCACAGCCACCUCAAACGACAAUAACGCAGCCGCCUUCUAUAAAUUCCAACACAGCUGCUGCAAGUAAUGCAACCGAAACAGGUAAAUCAGCAGCAAGUCAAGAAUAUUUUCCGCCGAAAUCUUCAACAGACGCCGCAGAGAGCGUUUCAGCUGCUUUAAAAUCCCAGUUAAGCGAAGUGGUUAAUACAUUAAAUUCUGCGGUCAGUAGUAAUACAUCUUCAAGUAGUUCGACAACAAGCAAAUCAGCUACGGAAACCAAAAGUAACGCGACCAGCGGCACGAAUUCUACAUCAACUAGCAGUAAUGCUUCAAGUUCAACGUCUUCAACUUCUAAGGAUAGCAAUUCCAAAGAAAUUAGAGGCAAGGUGCACACUUUCUAUCAGGUGCUAAUCGAUUCAAGAGACUGCCCGUACAUAAGAGCGCAGACCGAGGCAGUAACAUUUUUAGGUAGUCAAGACUCUAAUCGCAGCCUGUAUGCAAUACCUGGUUUAGAUUACGUGUCGCAUGAUGAUAUUAUGCCGUAUUCGUCUACCGAUAAACUGCCUUUGCACCAUGAAUUAUUUGACAAGUUCCUGAAUCACGUCCCUGAAAAGCAACCAACGUUCGAAGCCAAAGACACGCUCAAAUCCUGGCAAGAUAAAAAUCAUCCUUGGCUGGAGUUAAGCGAUGUACAUAAAGAAACUACAGAAAAUAUACGUGUCACUGUGAUACCAUUCUAUAUGGGAUGUCGUGAGACGCCGGCCUCGUCCGUAUAUUGGUGGCGUUAUUCUAUACGUUUAGAAAAUUUAGGAAUGAUGAGUGUGCAGUUACGAGAACGACACUGGCGUAUAUUUUCUUUGUCCGGUACUUUGGAAACUGUACGAGGCCGAGGCGUUGUAGGCCAGGAGCCUAUAUUAAGUCCUCGCCUGCCCGCCUUUCAAUAUAGCAGUCAUGUAAGUCUGCAAGCGCCGAGCGGUCAUAUGUGGGGUACGUUUCGUUUGGAACGCGAAGAUGGUCAUAUGUUUGAUUGCAAAAUCCCGCCCUUCUCGCUUGAAAGCAAGCCCGAAGAUCCCAUCACGGGACAGCCAAUUAAAAUGGAUUAAAAGCAAGUAGGACUUAAAAUUAAUCGCAUAGUUAAAGAACAGUUUUAAUUUAAUAUUUUAGAACUUGCUAUGAUUUUAUGCAAAAGUUUGAAGAAGUUUGAGAUAUAUAUAUAUAUAUAUAUAGUGCAUAACUAAAGUUUUCAGAGCAGAGAUAAAAUCACUAAAUUUAAUGUGAUUGUAGCCAAUUUAAAUUAAAAUGAAAAAAAUUAAAGU